AGAGAGAGAGAGAGAGAGAGAGAGAGAGAGAGAGAGAGAGAGAGAGAGAGAGAGAGACAGAGCGAGGGGAGACAGAGCGAGGGAGAGACAGAGCGAGGGAGAGACAGAGCGAGGGAGAGGGGCGCGCAAAAGGAAAACUGCACAAUCUGAAAAGGCUCCCUAGCGCGCGGAUCUUUCGACGGCUGCACCAUUCAUUUGGACUGUCGGAAAGGACGAGUAUGUUUAGCACGCGGGCACUCACGCUCCUGUCCUCCGUGUUUGGGGCGUGCGGCCUGCUCCUGGUAGGCGUGGCUGUGUCCACAGACUACUGGCUGCUGAUGGAGGAAGGUGUCAUUCUACAGCAGAACCAGAGCAUGGAGGUCAGGAUGGCUCUGCACUCCGGCAUGUGGAGGGUCUGCUUCGUGGCAGGACCUGAAAAGGGGAGAUGUGUAGCAUCAGAGUACUUCACCACUGAAGCUGAGAUAGAUAUUGUGACCGAAAACACUGCAAAUAUACUGAAGAUGGUACGGACAGCCACGCCGUUCCCCAUGGUGUCGCUGCUCUUCGUCUUCACUGCCUUCGUCAUCAGUAACAUUGGACACAUCCGGCCGCAGCGCACCAUCCUGGCCUUCAUCUCCGGAAUCUUCUUCAUCCUCUCAGGGCUGAGCCUGGUGGUGGGCCUGGUCCUCUACAUCAGCAGCAUCAACGACGAGGUGAUGAACCGGCCGCGUGAGCCCGAGCACUUCUUCCACUACCACUACGGCUGGUCCUUCGCCUUCGCUGCCAGCUCCUUCCUCCUCAAAGAGGGUGCCGGGGUGAUGUCAGUGUACCUAUUCAUGAAGCGCUACGCCGAGGAGGAGAUGUACCGGCCCCACCCGUCCCUCUACCGCCCCCGCCUGUCCGAGUGCAGCGACUACAGCGGCCAGUACCUUCACCCCGAGUCGUGGCCUCCUCCGCAGAGGGGCCGCAGCGCGUCUGAGGUCUCCAGUGACAUCUCCAUCCAGCUGAACCAGACGCCCCCGCCGCCCAAGGGCAGCUCCCAGCAACAGCAGCAGGCCCCGUCCUCUGGCCCCUCCUCGGGCGCCAGCUACCAGCAGUCCUCCUCCUCCUACCCCCACCACACCAUGUCCUCCCACCCCCUCCACUCCAGCCACCACACCAUGUCCUCUCACCCCAGCGGGCCUCCUCCCCAGUCCAUGCCCAUGGCCAUGCCCCCCUCUGCCCAGCCCCCUCCCCGCUACCACCAACACAUGCGCAUGAGUGCCUCGCCAUGCUAGAAGGGGGGAGUGAGGGAUGAGGGAGGGGGGUAGACAGAGUGAGGGUUGGCUCUGUUGUACUCGCAACACACAGAGACAGAUGCAAACACACACGCACAUACACACACCCAAACACACAGAUGCACGCAUGAAGAGUGUGGGAGGAGAGAUGGAAGCGAGGAUGAGAGAAGGAGAUUUAGGAGAUCAAGAGAAAGAAGGGAAUGAACGAGGUGGGCGGAGGAUGAUUUAAAAUGUGUGCUGUGCCUCAGAUGAAGACAGACAUUUUAGCAAACUUUCAGAGAGAGGGAGGAAACGAGAGAGGGAGAGGGGGGGGAUAUGAUAAUUAUUUACACAAUAAGAAAAAGAGGGAGGAGAGGUAUGGGGGGCUGUAAAAAAAGAGUGCUGCUGUUUCAGAAGAAUACGCAUUAGAUGCAUUUCAAGCACUAACACACACUAGAAUCAAGGACACAUUGUAUAUGCAUAGAGAUUUAUACUUAAACUGUAUAGACAUUUUUCUUUAAGUGCUGGGAAAACAAAUGUUGAAAAAUGAACCAUGUUUGUCUUUCAUGAGAUGUGUAUUACUGUAUGAUUAGGUCUAUCAUUGUAUUAAUUGUAUUGUUUGUAUUUAAUAAUAAUAUAAUAAUAUAUGCCAUUUAGCAGACGCUUUUAUCCAAAGCGACUUACAGUCAUGUGUGCAUACAUUCUACGUAUGGGUGGUCCCGGGGAUCGAACCCACUACCCUGGCGUUACAAGCGCCAUGCUCUACCAACUGAGCUACAGAACCCCAUUUGAGAGGCAUUGUUGGAUGAAUGUUCCCAUAGACUUCUGAAGAUCAUUCAAGAUGGUUCUGUGACUCAAACUGUACAUAUUAUAACAUAUCAGAUUCUCCUCUAGCAUUCUUCUACUAUACAUGUCCAGGUCGCAGGCUUCAGCAUCCGUUUUGGAAUCCAUAAAAACACUUGAAUUUUUGUUGUUAUGUUUUUGACUAAAAUGUCAUGGUAACAAAGAAAAUCCAUAACUUUCCAUCAUUUAUAAAUAUUUACGACUGAGAAUAUAAAAAAAAUAUAUAAAAAAUUUUACUACCAAGAAUGAGAGCAUAUUUGCAGAUCCCGCGAGACUUAGGAUCUUCCUUUGAUUGCUAAUUAGCUUGAGUGUUCAUAUUCUGUAGCACAUGGCUGAUUACCAGUAGCGUAUCUUCUCUUUAUAGUUACCAGAAGAGCUUCCCAUUUAGCUAUGGAGUAGAUUGAUGAAGUAAAGACUGUGUUUGUUUUGAAAUGUUUACUUUUCUCCUUCUGACUGUGACUGGGUUUAUAUAAUACAUGCUGCCUAUGUAGCCUACCCACUGUACUACAUGUUUACAUUCUAUUCUAUGUGUAUUGGUAUACUUAUAGUAAAUGUAACACACACACACACACACACACACACACACACACACACACACACACACACACACACACACACACACACACACACACACACACACACACACACACACACACACACACACACACACACACACACACACACACACACACACACCAGCUUCAACAGUCCUGCUAUAACUACAAUUACUACUACUACUACUAUUUCUACUACUAAUAUCAAAAUAAAGAUUGUGGCCAUUAUCAUUAGCUAUGUUUAUAAACAUUUGUAUUAUAAUAAUAAUGUCAGUAAAUGCAACACGACAACUUAUAAAACCAUACAUGAGGAUGUGAAAGAAAGAAAGGGGUUACUAUGAGUUCAACAUGGUCGGAUAUAAAGCACAGAAAUAUAUUUCAAGACAGCGUCUGUCAGUGAGAGCAUAGACAGCGUCUAUGUCAGUGAGAGCAUAGACAGCAUCUAUGUCAGUGAGAGCAUAGACAGCGUCUAUGUCAGUGAGAGCAUAGACAGCGUCUAUGUCAGUGAGAGCAUAGACAGCGUCUAUGUCAGUGAGAGCAUAGACAGCGUCUAUGUCAGUGAGAGCAUAGACAGCGUCUAUGUAAAGGAGAGCAAAACAUGACCAAGGUCUCUGUACCACCCUCUAGUGCUGUUGCUGUGAGUCUGAUAGCUCUGCAUCCGGGUUGAACGUUUGGAUCAUGACAUGCACACUUUUGUAGCGAACAAGACUGAUAGCAAUUCCUGACUUGGGGAUAGAUUUAUAACAAAGUCUUGUAAUAUCGCAGUACAAAUAGUGAACAAAUCUCACUAGACAUUGAAUUGCAUUCCAAUUGUUUUCCUAAUAAGAUGUGAUUGUUUUUCACGAAUUCCAGAUCUUUUCCUGCAAUCAAAUAACUUGAUCAAAUGUUUUUUAAUAUUUAUAUUGUUCAUUAUGUAGCAGAUGCACAUACACAUGUGAUGGAAGGUGGUAUUAUUUAGUUUGGGACCCAGGACAGUGAUGUACAGCCUAUAAUAGACUAUAGAGUCAAAUAUAUGAAUUCAAUAUCAAAGAACAGGACUGGCUCCUGCUGGAGAGAAAGUGAUAAGAUAACUAAUAUUUGUAGCUUGUUCUAUUAUCAUAACAGCUAGAAUAGCGUAUUGGUGUAGUUGUUUUAAAGCUAUAGUGUAAAUAUAUAUUUAUAUAUAAAAUAUAGGCCUAUUAUAGGCCCAUUAUUAUUUGGUGUGAAAGGUUGAUUCAUUGAAAGAGAUAAAGAGGGAGAGAGCGAGAGGGAGAAAGAGGUGACAAGGGUAGCUGUAAGAAAUGUUUAAAACAAAUGCUAAAACUAUUUUGUAUUUUGUCAAUGAAGUAUUAUCCUCUGUGGUUUUUCCUCAUUAAACUACUUUGUUAAAUUGAGGUUUGCUUUUAGAGAGCCAUAUGGCUUCACUAGCCAAUGAAUGUUAUUGAAGUUGAGGACGAUUGGGGUUUUCUGUAGCUGAAGUAAGAUUCUGUUUUUUUCUCCACGUUUGCCUUCCCCCCCUCAACUGUUCAUUGAUUUCCUUAGGUUUCUUUUUAUUGCCUUCACUUCUGCCUCCUCUCGCUUUCCAUCCCCUCAUAUAUGACUACCUUUUGAACUUUAUUGAUCAUUUGUCUUGGUUUGUUUCUCAAAUCCCCAUUAAUGUAAUGUCUCUUCUCUUUGCAGGCCUCGUUUCUCAACUCAUUCUCGAUUUCUUUCUUCUUUUUGUAAUGGCGCUCUCUUAGAAUCUGUCUUUGAGCUCAUUCAAAUGAACUGUGCCUAACAACAGUAGCAGAGAUCAAAACUAUUCAUUAUUAUUAGGAAUAUUAUAUGAUAAUUAUUAUUGUUGUUACUUACUAUUAUUAUUAGCGUAAAUAUGUUACCCAUAUUUACAACAAAAUCAAUGGUACUAUUUAGUAGUAAUAAUGACAAUAAUGCCAUUUUCUUUUUGCUAAGCAAUGCACUAAUGAAUCUGAGCGAUUGUUCAUACCUUGAGAACAUGAAUAAUGUUAUGCCUGGGGUUGUUGAGUAACAUGUCAUUGUUCUACAGCUAUUGAAUAAAUCCUAGG